UCUUAAGGAGCCAUGGAUGCAUCAUCCACAAAGCUACCAAUUCAUGAACAUCCUUUGUUCUCAUCAGCUAGAUUUCUUAAUCAUUGUCAAGGCUGCGGUAAGUCGGGUGACCACUACGGAGGCUAUCUCUGCAACGAUUAUGAGUGCCGCGGUGUCACGUUCCACAAGGAAUGCGCAGAAUCACCAUUAGAGAUCAACCAUCCUUCUCACCCGGAACAUCCUCUCAUACUCACAGAAAAACCUCCAAGAAGUAAGUGUGAUCUGUGCGGCAAAUAUCUCUUCGUUCAAAUCUGGCCCUAUAUCUAUCAUUGUUCCAUAUGCGACUUAAACGUUGACACAUCAUGUGCCAAGAAACCACCACUUCCGCUACAUUAUCCUGAUCCCCAAGAACCUCCAUUUGUCUUAAUAAAAGAGAGUCAAAGUCAAGAACUGUGCAGAGUAUGUGAGCAACCAGUUUAUGGUAAAUAUCAUUAUGGACGAUCUUCUUGUGAUGAGUACGUUCACUUGGAGUGCGUCGACGUUGCGGAGAAAGUAAAACAUCUUCCUUUUCACCCUAGUCAUCCUCUUGAGUACACCACAUCUGCAUCCCUCUCUGGUGACGACGCCCAGAAGUCGUGCAUUUUGUGUGGAGUGACACUGGAAGGUGUCUUGUACUAUUGCUCGACAUGUGACUUCAGCAUGUGCCUAGGUUGUGUGAUAACUCCUCCACCUCUUGUUAUUGAGCAUCCCAAGACCCAUGAGCAUCAUCUUACCCUCUCAACGAGCCAGAUCUCGUUUACUUGUAAUGUUUGCGGUGUGCCUGGCGACAAAAGCUCUUAUUCAUGUCUUCCAUGUGGUUUUAUGGUCCAUCGAAGUUGUAUUGAUUUGCCGCAAGUCAUAAUGAUCAAUCGUCAUGAUCAUCGCCUCUCUUACACGAAUCAUCUUGGUCCAGGGUUUUGGAACUGCGGAGUUUGUCGUGGACCCGUGGAUCAAUUAUAUGGGGCUUAUUCUUGCUCCAUUUGUCCCACGUAUACUGUUCAUUCAAAAUGCGCAACAAGUGUCAAAAUAUGGGAUGGGAUAAAUCUCGAAGGGAUACCUGAAGAAAUCGAAGAUCUUCCAUUCAAGGUAGUUGGUGAUGAUAACAUGAUGACGAUAAACCAUUUCAGUCAUGAGGAGCAUAAUUUAAGGCUUACUAGCGAAAACGUUAUUUCUGAUGAAACCACACUAUGUGCAGCAUGUGUCUAUCCUCUCAACGACUCUGGUCCGAUAUAUAAUUGUGAGGAAUGUGAUUAUUUUCUCCAUGAAAAAUGUGCAAAUCUCCCUAUGAAGAUACGACACGUAUCUUACAGCGGACAAUUUACCCUACAUGCGAGAGGAGGUGAGGAUCCCGAAGAUUAUGAGGAGUUUGUUUGUCUAGUUUGUGAUAAAACAUCGACUGGUUUCAGGUACAAGUCUGACGUUUUCACUCUUGAUGUGCAUUGCGGUUCAGUUUCUGAACCAUAUGUCUACGAUGGCCAUUUACAUCCCUUAUAUUAUGAACCCGAAGCAAGCAUCGUCACAUGUGACACAUGUCAAAACACAGUGUUCUAUCAUGUUCUCAAGUGUGAUGUUUGUGUGUUUAGCGUGGAUUUUUCUUGUGCAACUUUGCCUAAAGCGUAAUCAAAUGACAAAGCAUCCUCUCUCUUUAUGGCGAGAAAACAAGUAGUUAAUAUUGGUGAGAUAUAUGCAAGAUACGAAAGCGGAUCCAAGUACAUGGUUCUACAUGUUUGCUGAUUGUGGGGGUCACUGAUGCAGCGCAUCCUUAUCCGGUUACAUGAAUACAUCGAGUGUUGGUAUUUGGGGGUGUUCUUCCAAGUGUUGAGUCUGUUUACUAAAUUUCAUUAUGUUUAGGUUUUGUUUUUCCAUUUACAUUUCGUUAUAGGUUUUCUAGUGGCUUUAUACUUAUGUUAGAAGCUAUAUAAGAAACCAAGUCAUUGGCAGUCUUCAUUUUGAUGAAUCUAAUAAAAACCAAAAGAGUAAAUUUAAUGUU